AUGUACAGCCAAGUUGAGCACCCAGCUGGUGGAUACAAGAAACUUUUUGAGACUGUAGAGGAACUGUCCUCACCAAUAACUGCUCAUAUUACAGGCAGGAUUCCAGUUUGGCUCAAAGGCAGUCUCCUCAGAUGUGGACCUGGAUUAUUUGAAGUUGGCUCAGAACCAUUUUAUCAUCUGUUUGAUGGGCAAGCACUGCUUCACAAGUUUGACUUCAAGGAGGGCCAUGUCACUUAUUACAGGAGGUUUGUCCGGACUGAUGCCUAUGUAAGAGCAAUGACAGAAAAAAGAAUCGUAAUAACAGAAUUUGGCACAUAUGCUUACCCAGAUCCAUGCAAGAAUAUAUUUUCCAGGUUUUUUUCAUACUUCAAAGGUGUAGAGAUCACUGACAAUGCUCUGGUGAAUGUGUACCCUGUGGGUGAAGAUUUUUAUGUUUGUACUGAAACCAACUUCAUAACCAGAAUUAACCCAGAGAAUUUGGAAACAAUUAAAAAGGUGGAUGUCAGCAAAUACAUUUCAGUCAAUGGGGUAACAGCACAUCCUCACAUUGAAAAUGAUGGGACAGUUUACAAUAUUGGCAACUGUUUUGGAAAGAAUUUUUCACUUGCCUACAAUAUUGUGCGGAUUCCUCCCCUGAAAGCAGACAAACAAGACCCAAUUACCAAAUGUGAAGUGGUUGUACAAUUUCCUUGCAGUGACAGAUUCAAGCCAUCUUAUGUUCACAGUUUUGGGCUGACUCCUAAUUACAUCGUGUUUGUUGAAACACCUGUGAAAAUCAACCUGCUGAAGUUUCUUUCUUCCUGGAGUCUCUGGGGAGCCAACUACAUGGACUGCUUUGAGUCUAAUGAAAGCAUGGGUGUCUGGAUGCAUGUAGCUGACAAAAAAAUAGGGAAAUACCUCAACAUCAAAUACAGGACAUCACCAUUUAACCUCUUUCAUCAUAUUAAUACUUAUGAAGAUAAUGGAUUUUUGGUUGUUGACCUAUGCACAUGGAAGGGGUAUGAGUUUGUUUACAAUUACUUAUAUUUAGCCAAUUUACGGGAGAACUGGGAUGAAGUGAAGAAAAAUGCACAAAAAGCUCCUCAACCUGAAGUUCGGCGUUAUGUCCUUCCCCUAAAUAUUGAAAAGGCUGACACAGGCAAAAAUUUAAUCACACUGCCUAACACAACUGCUACUGCCAUACUGCGCACUGAUGAAACAAUCUGGCUGGAACCAGAAGUCAUUUUUUCAGGACCUCGUCAAGCUUUUGAGUUUCCACAAAUAAACUACACAAAGUAUUCAGGGAAACCCUACACAUAUGCAUACGGACUUGGACUGAAUCACUUUGUUCCAGACAGGCUUUGUAAGAUGAACGUUAAAACUAAAGAGACAUGGGUGUGGCAAGAAACAGAUGCAUACCCUUCUGAACCAAUCUUUGUUUCUCAACCAGAUGCCCUGGAAGAAGAUGACGGUAUUAUCUUGAGCAUUGUCAUUAGCCCUGGAAGUGGACCAAAGCCAGCCUACCUUUUGAUCUUGAGCGCAAAGGACAUGAGUGAAGUCGCCAGGGCCGAAGUAGACAUAAACAUUCCAGUUACUUUUCAUGGAAUGUUCAAAAGGUCAUGAUAGCAGCGUUGAGUCCAUCAUCACUAACACCUGCCUUUUAGAAUAACGGAUGCAGCUCUAAAUGGAACUCAGAAAUAGCUGUCUUCCCACUGUUGGGCAAUGACUUGUAAAAUUAUUUUAGUAAGACUAACACUUCAAAAAAGGGCAAAUCCACAGAAUUUAAACAUGAUUUUGUGUACCUUGUCUAUCAUAAAUGUUUUUGGAAACU